AUGGCGAGCGACGAUCUCCAAUUCAAAUCGGUGGAACUGUACGGAGGAGCUAUUGUUGUGGAACUUCCAGAGGGAUUUGAAGAUGUCAGCCAAAUUCGCCAAGUGCCCGACCACCAAGAAGUCUACCUCGACCGCUCCGGCUUCAGCAGUAUCGUCUUUGACAUUCUCGAACGCGUGCACAAUGCUCAGAAUGACGAUGUGGAAGCGUUGAAGUUCCAUUUGCAGGACAUCGUGGAAUCGGACGCGAGUACAACCAUCGUGCAUCGCAUCGAAGCGAAGAAUGUGAAAUUGGCGAAAAUGCCAGAUCUCAAGGCUUUGACGCUGUUGGCGACAUGUCCUCCGGGGGAGAAGAUGAGAGGGAGGGCCAAUGAACCGGAUGCUGUGGGGGUGUGUUUGUUGUUGGUGCGGUUGGAGGGGAAGUGGGAGACGGACUUGUUGUGUACUGUGAAUGUGCCGUGCGUCAGUGGGGAUGAGGGUGGUGAUGUGAAGGAGGAUGAUGGGGAAGAUGUCAAGAUGAAGAUCGAGAGGUUGUUGCUGGUGGGGUGUCAAAUUCGGGAGAAGGUGAUGGCAACUCUGGAGAUUCGCGAUUGGGGGCUAUUUGGGGAGGGAGAAUGA